UGUUGUUCUAUCAUAAAAUGUCGGCUUAUGACAAGACGCAGCACUUAUAAGAGAGACUAGCUCAUCUCCCUCGUUACCCACUCGAGUUUCCUGGUUCCCUCCGCACAGCCAAUCCAGAUCUAGAAAUCAUGUCCUUAUCACAAUAUAUAUAUAUGGCCAAUAACAGCGGGCAUGAAAUCUACGUCAUGGCAUCUCUCAACCCCGACUGGGCCAUCGUCGACUUCAUCACCGACAUCGCCCUGCUCCUUGUUGGUGUCGAAGAAAUCAAAGCCGUCGCCACGGCAGCAGAGCUACCCGCAGCACUCAACACUUUCCGAGAUCUCUACGAAUUCCUCAAGAUCGCCGCUAAACUGCUCAGCGGGUCGUUCAGCGUGGGGAGUCGCUCAGCUGAGGCUGCCUUGGCCAUGGCUGACGCCUUCAAGAAAGUAGCUGUCUCCAUUGGCAACGGUGACCAUAAGAACGUCGACAGCGAGGGUUUUUUGUCUAUCUAUCUCAGCGCCUCCGGCAUCGCCGGCCUCUUAGGUGCAAGUACGGUGUCUCUGGUGGUUAUGAGUGCGGAUGGAAAGCAGGUUGCAUUGUGGAACACCGGCUCUGAUGAUUCGUGGAUUGCGACCGGGCGAGAAAAGAUUGUGCGAUCCAAGUAUGGCACGAUUUGGCAGGAGGAUCCCAGUGCCGGUUCGGUGGAUUGGCCUGUUGGCGCUUAGCGUUGUAUUCGAGACUGGGGGGGGGAGAUACAUAUGUCCCGCUCCCACUUCCCGACGUCCGCCUACUUUCUGAUAUAUUCACACAUACUGUAUACCGCCGUACGGACUUUUUCUUUUCUGGUUAGUAUCUGUCUCGAUGCCACUUAACCUGUCAGUUUGUAUAAAUAACGAGUUCUUGAAUGGUAUAUCCUCAUCCCCUCUGCAGCACCCAU